CAAAACAAAGAGAGACUUGCAGCGCCAACGGCUGUUUCCCACGGCUGCACACCUCCGCUUCCAGCCUUCGCCACUACUGGAGAGAACGCCGUAUGCCACCGACUGCCGUUACCGCACUCAGCCCAGCGACACUGCUCCGACGUUUCAGCCCCGGCUACAGCGUUACCCACUGUGACAGCAAUCACAAACACCCACGCACAGCGGAAAAAACCCAGACUUUGCACGACUUCUGCACAGGAUGGCUAGUGCUGGAGAAGAUUUUUCUCAGUUUGAUAUUUCAAAAGAGGAAAAGGACAAGCUUGUUGCAGAAGUAAUCCGUUAUGUCCUUUUCAAAACCCACCAAAAUUUAGGGUGCCCAAUUAAGAGGGAUGAGCUUACUCAACUGGUUACUAAAAACUAUCGUCAGCGUGCUCUUCCGUCUCUUGUGAUCAAUGAGGCUAAAGAAAAGCUCUCAAGCAUUUUUGGCUAUGAGAUGAGGGAACUUCAAAGAUCUCGUCCUUCAUCAGCAAAUCAAGGGCGCUCUUCCCAGCAAAGUGUUGCAGAUGCCAAAUCCUACGUUCUCAUAAGUCAGCUCCCUGCUGAUGUGUACAGAAAGUAUGUUGAGGAUGCAAAUACAACGCACCUGACUGGUUUCACUUUCGUCAUGCUUAGUGUUGUAUAUUUAGCUGGUGGCAAAAUUCCAGAAGAGAAUCUUUGGCAUCAUUUGAGGCGAAUGGGAUUGUCUGAUAGUGAUGAAAUCCAUCCAGUUCUUGGAAACGUGAAACAGGCAUUGGAGGCACUUGUCCAGCAAAGAUAUUUGCAAAAGGACAAGGUUAGUGGCCCUGAAGGUAAUACCUUGUUCUAUGAACUGGCUGAGAGAGCUUUAGAUGGACCAGUCAAUGAGAGGGUUAAAGAAUACAUAUCUCAGAUUGUGAAGAAAGAUGCCACCUCUGUGGAUGUUGAUUAGUGUUCUAUCGCCCCGUCUUAGCUAAUCCAAUCGAGACCAAGGAUUCUGGAGCUUGGGAAUUGUGGUGAGUUGACUGGUAAAUAGUAAUAUGGUGGAGUCCCUGCUUGAUGUAUAUGCUUAGGAUAUUAAGCUAACAGUUGGCAUGAGUCAUCCGGCUUUUCCAAUUCUUGUCGGAUCAGAAUUCCUUCCAUGGACUGUAUCUGAUUUAUGGCCAAUAUUUUUCUUUUGCAAAUCUAAGGCUCAUAUUUUCUCA